UUCCCUUGCUUCCUUCCCUCUUCUGCUCCUUUCCCCCCCUGCUGGUCUGUGGACACUGCAGAGGGAUCUCCCCAUUGCUCAGUUCCCAUCAGGGAAGACUGUUAUUGUGGCCUUAUUCUUAUUUUUGAGGAAGGGAAGGGGUCUUGUUGGCAAGCUUCUCUGAUGGUUCCCAACCAUGGGGAAGGACCAGGAACUGCUGGAAGCUGCUCGCACUGGGAAUGUGGCUUUGGUGGAGAAACUCUUGGCUGGCAGGAAAGGAGGGCUCCUGGGCAGUGGAUCUGGACCCAUUCCUCUAUCCAACUUGCUGAGCAUUUGGCGAGGACCAAACAUAAACUGCACGGAUACUUCAGGUUACACUGCUUUACAUCAUGCAGCCUUAAAUGGUCACAAGGAUGUAGUUAUCAAAUUACUUCAAUAUGAAGCAUCCACGAAUGUGGCUGAUAAUAAAGGGUAUUUUCCUAUUCACUUGGCUGCAUGGAAAGGAGAUGUAGAAAUUGUGAAGAUUCUUAUCCAUCAUGGGCCAUCACAUUCCAGAGUGAAUGAACAGAAUAAUGAAAAUGAAACAGCCUUGCACUGUGCAGCCCAGUAUGGACAUUCAGAAGUGGUAGCUGUUUUGCUUGAUGAGCUCACUGAUCCAACAAUAAGAAACAGCAAAUUAGAGACACCAUUGGAUUUGGCAGCUUUGUAUGGCCGUUUACGGGUAGUGAAAAUGAUAAUCAAUGCCUAUCCAAACUUGAUGAGCUGUAACACAAGAAAGCAUACUCCUUUGCACCUAGCUGCACGUAAUGGCCACAAAUCUGUUGUACAAGUGCUAUUGGAAGCUGGGAUGGAUGUCAGUUGCCAGACAGAAAAGGGGAGUGCAUUGCACGAAGCAGCUUUGUUUGGAAAAGUGGAUGUAGUACGCAUUCUGCUAGAAACAGGAAUAGAUGCUAAUAUAAAGGACAGUUUGGGCAGAACUGUGUUAGAUAUUCUUAAAGAACACCCAUCACAACAAUCACUCCAAAUUGCUGCACUACUGCAAGAGUAUGUAGAAACAGGAAAUGCUACAGUUCCAGAUGAACCUGUACAAGAAUGUCCAGUGACAAAUCACCAGGAUCACCAGACUUGUGUUAUAUUUCCAGAGGUUUCUCCAACACAAACAACUAAAAGUGAAGUUGUGACUGGGGAGUUAUCAAAACUAUUGAAUGAAAUCAAACUUUGCCAAGAAAAGGAUUAUUCUUUGGAAGAGCUGUGCCAUACGGUAUCAGACCACUAUCUUGAUAACGUUAGCAAAGCAUCAGAAGAAGAACCUGUGAUGAAUGGAAGCCAAGCCAAAUCUACUGUAAGGCCAUCUUCAACUAAUGUGUCACCAACUGAAGAAGAAGAAGAAGAUGGAGGUGAAAAUAGUUGUGGACCUACAGGUUUGUGGGAAGCACUGACACCCUGUAAUGGAUGCAGGAAUCUUGGAUUUUCCAGUCUUACUCAGGAGCCAUUUCCAAAGAAAAGGAGUUAUACACUGGAAGCAGUGCCAUCUGUUUCUUCUGAUGCAUUUCCUGUAGAAAAUGAGAAUGAUCUCUCUGAACUGUUGGAUAUAGCAGUCACAAAAAAACCCUGUUCUUUAGAAAUCAUGAGAGGACCUUCAUCAAAGACAGAUAAUGCACCUCAAGUAGCAAUUAUUGCACCAGGUACCAGUAACCAUAGAAACAGUUCAACAGGCCCAACACCUGACUGUUCUCCUCCAUCACCAGAUACUGCACUAAAAAAUAUAGUGAAAGUUAUACGGCCUCAGCCUAAGCAACGUACAUCAAUAGUGUCAGCUUUUGAAUUUCACCGAUUAAAUCACAAUCAUGAGUAUUUUGAAAUCACCUCUUCCAUAGGAUAUGCAAGCUUUACUUCCAGCCCUCCAAUCAGUCCAGCUAAUUAUUCAACUGGAUCAGUUGAUGGCAGCAUUGAAGAUAAUGAUAUUCCAGGAACCCAGCAAACAUCAAUUGAAAGUGAGCAUCUUGAAGCCUAUCCUUCUGAGCAGUUUGCUGGUCUGCUUCAUGGAUCAUCACCUGCUUGUGACCCACCUGAUAAUCCACUUCAGCUAUACAGAAAAGCAAGCCCAUCUGAUGAAUUACAUAAUGACAGUAGCUUGAACCUGAGUAUUUUGAAUCCAAUGCAGUUACAGCAAGAAUGCAGCACUGACCCUCCAAUUAAAAAGAAAAAACCACUUGUUUCAAACAGAACUGUAUUUCUUUCAAAAAAUAAUCUAGGAGAAACUAAAACACUGGCUGGCAUUACAAGAACUGGGGAUCAAUGGAUUGUGAAUGCUGCAGGGUUUGUGGAACGUGCUUGCACGCUAGGAAGAAUAAGAUCUUUGCCAAAGACUCUUCUUGACAUGCAUUUAUCCAAAUAUGUUUCAAAAUCUGACUCUAACCUUAUUUCCUAUCCACCUACUGAACAAAAAGCAAGAAGAAAUUGGAAUGAAUCUAUACCAGACCCUGAAAACUCCAAAGGAGCAUCUGAAAGAACACCAUCAUUUACUUCUGAGUGGGAAGAAAUUGAUAAAAUUAUGAGUUCCAUAGAUGCUGGUAUAAUCACGGGACUGGGAGAGAUUAGCAAUGGUGUACCAACACCCAGAUGCCCUGUCCAAACAGUGGGACAAUGGUUGGAAAAUCUUGGGCUACCUCAGUAUGAAAACCACUUGCUGGCUAAUGGAUUUGACAAUGUACAGUUUAUGGGAAGCAAUGUUAUGGAGGAUCAAGAUCUCUUGGAAAUUGGAAUACUUAAUUCUGGACACAGACAAAGAAUUUUACAGGCAAUCCAGCUCCUUCCAAAGAUGAAACAGAUUGGUAAUGAUGGCUACAAUCCCACCUCUGUAGCAGAAUGGCUAGAUUCUCUGGAACUGGGAGACUACAUCAAACUGUUUCUGAUAAAUGGCUAUACAUCGAUUGACCUUGUGAAAAAAAUCUGGGAUAUUGAAUUAAUUAAUGUAUUAAAAAUUAGUUUGCUUGGCCAUCGGAAACGUAUUUUGGCGUCACUGGGAGACAGGCUGCACGAAGAUCCUCCUCAGAAACCACCGCGAUCUAUAACCCUCAGGGAACCCAGUGGCAACCAUACUCCUCCUCAGUUGUCUCCCUCACUCAGCCAAAGCACUUACACUACUGGAGGCUCACUCGACGUACCACACAUUAUCAUGCAGGGGGAUGCAAGGAGAAGAAGAAAUGACAGCUAUUUCGAUGAUAUUCCCCGGUCAAAGCUGGAAAGGCAGAUGGCUCAGUCGUCAGUCUGUGAGAUUUGGACCAACCAGAAUGCAGGAUAUCCUUACACAGCAGUCCAUCAGGUUCAUAAUACUGGAGACUGGGGUGAACCAUCGAUUACCUUACGGCCUCCAAAUGAAGCUACAGCAUCAACGCCAGUACAGUACUGGCAGCAUCACCCAGAGAAACUCAUCUUCCAGUCGUGUGAUUACAAAGCAUUUUAUUUAGGUUCUAUGCUGGUAAAAGAGUUAAGAGGUACAGAAUCAACGCAAGAUGCCUGUGCGAAAAUGAGGAAGUCUACAGAACAAAUGAAGAAAGUCCCUACCAUUGUUUUAUCAGUCUCUUAUAAGGGAGUAAAAUUUAUUGAUGCAACAAAUAAGAAUAUUAUUGCUGAACACGAGAUUCGUAACAUUUCCUGUGCUGCACAAGACCCUGAAGACCUCUCUACUUUUGCUUAUAUCACAAAAGACUUGAAGACAAAUCAUCACUACUGCCAUGUGUUCACAGCCUUUGAUGUGAAUUUAGCCUAUGAAAUAAUUCUCACAUUGGGACAGGCGUUUGAGGUAGCCUAUCAGCUUGCACUUCAAGCAAGAAAAGGAGGACAUUCUUCAACCCUUCCAGAAAGCUUUGAUAAUAAGCCUACCAAACCCAUUCCCAAACCACGUGUUAGCAUUCGAAAAUCUGUGCAGAUAGAUCCCACUGAACAAAAGACUCUUGCCAACCUACCGUGGAUUGUAGAACCAGGACAAGAAGCCAAAAGAGGAAUUAAUACCAACAUUGACAGAAGAAUGACAUGGGACGAAGACAUUUCAAUUACAGCCCACGAGAGGAGUGGGAGAUUGUUUUCACGCAAGCACUUCUCUUAGGACUUUGCCACAGUGCUUUCUUUGAUUUCGUAUUUUACUGUUCUACUUUUACAAAGGUCUCUAACAUUAAUGCUGCUGAGUAAUACAACAAUUCAGUUGUGGUUGGUUUUUUUAAAAAAAAUCUCAAACAUGACCAUUUUUAAGUUGAAACAGAUUCAAAUUAUGUAAUGCAAGAUGUUUCUGGAACCGUGGGAGUCCUAUACAAAAAAUUAAUUCUACUGCUUAAUAUCUUUUAAACAAUUAGUAAGAGCAAAACAUUAGCUUCCCUGGUUUGUUUUUUGCUAGUUUUAUGUAAUCGUCAUGCCAUUUAAUCCUUUAGAGAAAUGAGAAAUGUAUAGCAGUGUUACAAAGAAUCAGAGUUUUAUGAAUGGCUUAAAAAGAGGACUAAUAAUGCAUGAAAAGGCACCUUGCAUUGAAUAUUUUUGUGGGAUAGAGGAAAAUUAUAAGUAUGAAUAUUUAUAAAGAAAGUCAGUAAUUAUGAAGAGAGUUUGGAUUUAUUUUAAAGUUAAAUAGCUGCUACUGUUCUGUCUGCCAGAGCAGAAACAGUGGGGUCAUCAAUACACUGGAUGGUUCGCUUUGUAGGAGGAGUACGACAGAUGCCACCAGUGCUUGCACUACAGAUACACACAACUGUACACAGUUUUUCAAGCAACUAUAGCCAUGAGUUUGAGUUUCUAAGAAUCCGAAAGAUGGUUUUAAUCAAAACUAGAAAUUUUAUCAAAUUUUCUGUCUCAGAAAGCUGGUUUUCAUGAAAAAGUACAACUCAAAAGGAUUUUUCCUAAAUAAACUUUAAAAAAAUUCCAAAGUAAUAAAUUCUUUCCACAAAACAACCUGUUGAGCAUUGGCUUGACAUUUGACUUAAUACAAAUUUGCUUACAAUUUUCUUUGAAGUAUUUUAAUUUUGUAAUGUCUUUGUGGAGUAUUUGUAUAAUAACAUUAUGUAUAUUUCAGUGGAACUGAAUGAAUUAUGAAGUAAAAAAUAUCAAUCAUAGGCAAAAAAAUACAUUUUAAUGUAUAUUCUAUCCAGUCAAAUUGUGAGUCAUUUUGAACUUCAUUAUAGAGAUAUUGAUGAAUAGUGUGGUUGACUUAAUGUUUUUUAUUAUUCUUUCAUAUUUAACUGAAGAGAUUUCAGUUACACUCAACCUGGAUUUUUAACAAAAUUGAUAAUGGAACCUGAUUUAAAAUUGAAAAUUGUAUAUGAUUUAGUUGAACCUAAUCAUAGCGCUGAAUGACAAGAAAACACCUUUUAAUACAGUAUUCAAUUUACUUGAAACGAUCAGCUCCUUGUACAUAUUUUGCCUAUUCAUUGUUGAUAUGUAUGUAGUAGGCUGAAAGAAAACACUGAAAAAUAUAGUACCAAAAGGAAUAUUGUAUAGGAGAAAAGUAAAUAGUAGCCUCACUGCAACAAAUACUUCUAUGUAAAUAUGCUUGGGCUUCCAGUUAUAAAUUUUGUAAUUUUUGUCAUUAUUUAUAUCCUAUGAAAGCACACAAAAUAAAUUGAAGUUGUACAGUCAA